CAACCGUGGCGACGUAAUCAGGAAACUGUCCAGAUAUCUUCCCACAUGUUCGCUUUGAUCUUGGCUCGACUGCUCACCUGGUUCAACUGCGCACGCUAACGAAUAUGACGGCGUUUUUCGACUCGAAAGCUGCUCCUAUCCCGCGCUGAGCGGCUGCUGCUGCCCUAGAGCUGCGCGAGAUGUGGUUGCGUCAUCUGUUCAAAUGUUGCGGCGCAAUAAAAGAGCAAAUAUAAAAUCCAGUGGUCAUUCCCAGGUGCUGUUUGUUUGGUCCUAGAACAGCAUCUAGAAUAUUGAGAAGCACACUUUCUCUUCUUGCGACAGACCUAUAAGAUGUCGACUACACCAAUCCACUCUACAGGCCGUGGAGGCGCCGGUAACAUCGGUCGUGAUGACACUGUCUACGCGGACGGAGCAAUCACGCGCGAAGGUCCUCAAGGCGAGGCAGCUACCCUCAACGAAUUCUCUACCGGCCGUGGAGGUGCCGGAAACAUGGGCAAAUCGCCUCGUCUUGGACCGCAGGUUGACUCUCCUCGUCGCUCCACCGACAUUGUCCCCGAGCUUGCGACACGUGAGAGCCAGGAUGAGUUCCACACAGGUCGUGGUGGUGCUGGUAACGUCUACAAGGAGAAGCACGGAGGACAUUCCAAGUCUCCUGAUCACCACGGCCUUGGUGACAAGAUCAAGCAGGCGCUUCAUCUCGACAAGGACAAGAAGCACGAGUCUUCGCCCCUGGGACAGGAGACUACUGUUGUCCAUGGCGAUACCAUUGCUGGCGGUGCAGGAGACACACGUUGAUACCCACGCUUCAAUUGAAGCUACGAUGAUUUUGACAGGGAGGUCGUAAUGUUAUUGAGGGAGAAGCUUAUGAUACCCAAACCUUCUAUUGAGACAAAUGGGUUGCUACAGCCAGGAAAUCGAACGAUUCAUGUUCAUUCUGAGAGUUUCACUAGUGAAAGCGAAUGAGUGCCUAACAAGAGAUAUCAUCUGGUACCCCGCGGCGGGGCCCCACCGCGUGGGGCUUGAGGAAGCAUCGCGUCAUCUUCCCAAAAAGUUCUGAACCUCAAUAAACAAGUUCUGUCCACAACAACCCAAGAUGGCAGCCAACUCGCAAGACGCGGAAGCGCUCAUCCACUCCGACGACCCACACCACCCCGCAAACCACAUCUGCAAGCUCUGUGCGC